GCGACAGGAACUGCCUCCAAAUCGCCGGGUCCAAGCGACGUGGCCCAGACGCUCCGGCGCUGACUGUUGGGUUUUCAUUGCCGCUUUCGUUGUCGACGUCCGGCAGCCUCCGGGAAAAAAAGGCCACCUUCAUUUUCAAGACGCCAACCUUCCUGUCUCUCGUUAAACAGUUCUAUUCACGCCCGACCCUUCCGUUACGUCCCACUUGCGUCUCCCAUCGACCCAGUGUUUCGAGAAGAUCCCAAUCGAUCCCUUGCCGUCCCCCGUGUUCCAAUCGCGGCGUGAAACAUCGCACAUCGCGCAUCGCACAUCGCAUAUCCCUCUUGGCUCUGAUCUUUUGCAUAUAACUUCCUAUGGGUACCAAAUCUCGCCGUUCGAAAUCGCCCACGACUUCGACAGGCUCCUUUGGGCGUGCCUCCGGGAGAAAGACCAACGGCCAACUCUCCAGGAUGAACACCAACGUCGAAGUCCAACGGCGCAACAUCUCCCAUGAGACCUCCACCCCACAAGGCGCCACCGCGAACCUCAUGUCGCGCGAGUCCUUCUCUCUCGACGACCCCGUCCCCAAGACGCCCACUUACAAUAACCAUGGCUUCUUCGACCUGCCAAAGCGGGACCAAAGGAACUUUGGCCUGCUGGUCCUGCUCUACUUCCUCCAGGGCAUCCCCCUCGGCCUCGCGCAAGGGUCUGUCCCGUUUCUCUUGAAGAACCACAUGUCGUACGGCGAGAUCGGCAUAUUUAGCUUAGCAUCCUACCCCUAUUCUCUAAAGCUCUUCUGGAGCCCAAUCGUCGAUGCGGUAUGGAGCCCCAAGGUCGGGCGGAGAAAGAGUUGGAUUCUUCCCAUCCAGAUGCUCUCUGGGAUGGGCAUGCUGUGGCUGGGGUCGACGGUCGAGGACAUGAUGGCGACGACGGGCAAGCCCGGCGGUCCCACCGUAUGGGGCUUCACCGGCUGGUGGUUCUUCCUGGUGCUCAUGUGCGCUACCCAGGACAUUGCCGUCGACGGCUGGGCGCUGACCCUGCUGACCCCGGGCAACGUCUCGUACGCCUCGACCGCGCAGACGGUCGGCCUGACUGCCGGCCAGUUCCUCUCCUACACCGUCUUCCUGGCCUUCCACUCCAAGGACUUCGCCAACCGCUGGUUCCGUGCCGAGCCGCUCGAGCACGGCCUGGUCAGCCUGGGUGGCUACCUCCACUUCGCGGGGUGGUCGUACAUCAUCGUGACCAUUGGCCUGACCUUCCUCAAGCGGGAGGAGAAAACCAAGAACGAGGACGGCAUCUGGGACGUCUAUAAGAUCAUGUGGGGCGUCCUCAAGCUCAAGAACAUCCAAACCAUCAUCAUCGUCCACCUCAUCGCCAAGAUCGGCUUCCAGGCCAACGACGGCGUCACCAGCCUCAAGCUCCUCGACAAGGGCUUCGGCACCGAGAACAUGGCCCUCACCGUGCUGAUCGACUUCCCCUUCGAGAUCGGCCUGGGCUACUACGCGGGCAAGUGGUCGCAAGAGUACACGCCCAUGCGGCUCUGGUGCUGGGGGUUCGCGGGCCGGCUCGCGGCCGCCAUCAUCGCGCAGUUCACCGUGUCCAUCUUCCCGGCGGGCGGCGUGACGUCGUGGUACCUGCUGGCCGUGAUCGGGCAGCACGUGUUCUCGACCUUCACCAACACCAUCAUGUUCGUCGCGGUGGCGGCCUUCCACGCGCGCAUCGCCGACCCGGUCAUCGGCGGCACCUACAUGACGCUCCUCGCGACGGUGUGCAACCUGGGCGGCACCUUCCCGCGCUUCUUCGUCCUGCGCAUGGUCGACGCCUUCACCACCGCCACCUGCCUGCCCGACGCCAGCGCCGGGCCCGACUCGAAGCUCACCGUGACGACCCCCUUCAGCUGCGCCGUCCAGGCCGACAAGGAGCGCUGCCUGGCGGGCGGCGGCGUGUGCGAGAUGCAGCACGACGGCUACUACACUGUUAACAUUCUCUGUGUGCUGAUCGGUGUCGUCACCUUCGUGCUGUUCAUCCGCCCCAAGGUGCUGCAGCUCCAAGCCCUGCCUCUGCGGGCUUGGCGCUUAUCUUCAUCCCCUUCGUCGCCCAAACAUUGAGAUAUCCUCGUUUCUAAUGCCCUGGGGUUUUUGAAAAGGGCCUGAAUGUAAUAGGUAGAAAACCUAUCCGAUCCAACCUUGGCGUAAAUAGAGGAAUACAAUUCAUCUUGAAACCCCACAGUGCCCGCGAUGGUCCUGUGGUCAAGUCA